UGCCUACACAUCUUUGUUGAUUCUUUAUAAAUAAGGCCUGCAACUUUGGUUGCAGACACUCUUGCUCUUAUCUCUUUUUUUUUCCUUUCUGAAAACAUUUCUGCUUAGAAUCACACACACACACACACACACACACACACAUCAGUGUCUUUUAGUGUUUGCCAAAGGCUUAACAUACUUCAAAUGCAGAAACAGAUUUUUCAGCCCUUGAUCUCCUGCAAGAAUAUCAUCAUGUCUUUACAGCUGAAAUCUGCCUGAAAUUAUCUGGAAAAGAAAAGUGUUUUGUCUACAACUUUGGUGAUUAAGGGAGAAUAAUGGGGGAUAAUACAUUGGAUUGGGCUAGUUUACUUGCUGGAUUACCAGACUCUGAUGAAUUGAUGUCACUGUUAGUGAAUGAUGUCAUAGUUGAGAAACCAGAAGAUGAACAGCCGCAAGAAGGCAGCAAAUUCCUAGUGCAACCUACAACAGUGAUACCACAGCAGCAGGACAUUCAUAAUGUCGCGACAGAUGUUGAAACUGGUUCUUCUUCUUGUCGUCUAAAUGAUCAGAAUAAGAUUAUCAGAAAUGGAGGGUGUUUAAUUAAUCCAUUAGGGUUCCCAUAUAGGUGUCGAAUGCAGGUUUUGGCUGCAGAUGCACCAUCAGGAAGUGGAGAGUUGCUCGUAAUGAAUGAUUUACCUGUUUACAAGAGAGGGAGGAACAAUAUACAAGAAGCCAUUGAAGAGGCUGAGCAAAAGAAGAGGAAGAAUAAGAUCAAAAACAGAAUUUCAGCUGAAAAAUCUCGAGCCAAGUCUAAGGAGCAUACAAGAUUUCUGGAAGAAAAAGUGGAGCAAUUGAGAAAUGAGAAUGCACAUUUAAAGAAAUUACUUUCCCUGGAAGCUGCAUCAACUGAGAGACUCCCAGAGGAAAGAGGAGAUCUAUGGGAAAAGGCAAAACGGUGUUUAGAAUUGAAAGAACUGCAAACCUAUAUAGGAGCUAUAUAUGGAGACUAAUGAGGAGGUUUAAGCUGACCAAGAUCAAUAGUGGUGGGACCGAAUAACAGUAUGGGAUGGCAUGGUUUCCUUUUAAAUACAUUAUAGGAUCUUCAUUCUACAUCAAAUAUAUAAAGAAAAGCUUUUUGUUUGCCUUUAUUCGACAUGGUUUUCAAAAUAAAGAUAAUUAGAUUUGCAGUGAGCUAGAAGUAUAUCACACUACUGCAAAGUUUUUGAUAAUUUAUAUGUUAUUAUUGCCUGCAAAAGAACAUG